AUGUCAUCAAAUUGUGAUCAGGAGACGGUCCCAACGCCUCCAGCAGCGAAAAGAAGGAAAAUUUCAAAUUCGGACGGUGAAACAAACUCUGUGUCUCACGAAAAUCACUCAGGAGAUCAGGUGGUUUAUAGUUUAGUCCAAACUUUUUUAUAUGCAUUUUUCGGUUUUCGCUGAGAUCCGCGUGCACAGUGUUUAAGGGCGCUAUGAGUGUUUUUUGCCCGGAAUGACUUCAGUUUCAAUUAACUUGCAGACCUCAAGGUCAGACGAGAAUAUGGAUGGGCAAAUGCAGAUCGAUGAAGGACUUUACUCCCGUCAACUGUGAGUAUGAACCUUUAGUCUGUGCUUCCACGUUUGAAUACACCAUCGUUCUGAUGAUAUGGCUAAUUCCAUACAGGAAAGGCAGAUCUCGAUGUUGCUAAUUCCUUUAACUGUACGCGUACGUGCUAACUAUACCUUUCCCAAUUUCUCAGCCACUGUGCCUUUGUUGGUCAUUUUAGUUCUUGAUAUCUUGAAAUUAUUGUUAAAAAAUUAGACUUAAUUUUGAGCAUGUGACUUGAUUAAAUUUUUUUGGAAUUGAUGCAUGUGUGCUUCCACUUUCACUAUUUGUUAAUCAGCGUGAUAUGCGUGUAACCUUGCCUCCUGGUAUGGUAAGAAUCAGGAAGUUUAGAACCUUUCACUUGAUAGUGUGAGCCAUGUGCGCAAAUUACAACCAUUAAGCCAAGGUUAUCAUGCACGAGACAACAAAGCCGAUUCCUUUGUUCUGUGCAAUGCUUCUCAAACAAAGCAGUUCAACUCAUUUCAUUGUUGCAAUCUUUGUAGAUCACCGCUGCUCCUGGUCCUCUCAACUUGACAAAGCAUCUUGUCAUCAUCUAGCAUGUCCCAGUCUUUGUAACCCUUUCUCAUUCCCAGUUUACUUGGUUAACCCUUAUACUCCCAGAUCAAAUUUGUCAUUCUCCUUACUGUCAACCAUACACUUCUUAUAACGUUAGUUCAGAGAAUUUAGUAAUGAAUCAAUUAAUUAUCCCCAAAUUGAUAUUUCCUUUAUUCUCAUCACUUAUCUGGUUGAUAUUGUAUUGAUAUUGUGAGGAGAAAUUCUGUCUUGGUCACUUAUGGGAGUUAAAGGGUUAAAAGAUGAAUUGGUUCUGUCAACUUAGUUGAAAAUUCAGUGUGGGCCACGUAAAAGGUUUCUAAAACUGACGUUUCAAGGGUUUAUCUUUUGUCAGAGGAAAUCACUGAGAUGAAGGGCUAAUGCUCAAAACCUCAGCUUUAAAAACCUUUUUAUGGUGGCCAAUUUUCAUCAUCAACAAAGGUGAUAAAACCACAUUAUCUUGUACAAAUUGUUAUACCCCCUACCAACACAGCACCACAGGUUUCAAAAAAAUUAUCCCCGCUUAAUACUUAACUCAUACUUAAUACUUAAGACAUAGUCUGGUUUAAGCAAAAAAUGGGCAUAUAAAGGUAAGUCAGUGAAAAAUUAAAGAGAACUGAUUAACAGAAGCUGGUGUGAUUAUAUUGGCUGGUCAUGAGUUAGAGAGGUGACAUCAUUGUCAAGACCUUGGGACAAUGGUUUUCUCACUCUAGAGGAUAUAUAUCUACCACUUACAGGGCUUGGAAUCAAUCAGUUGACUAGGCCUUUUUUUUCAGAUAUGUUCUUGGCCAUGAAGCCAUGAAAAAGAUGGCCACUUCCAAUAUUCUUAUCUCUGGUCUUAAAGGUCUUGGAGUGGAAAUAGGUAAGAUAUUCAUUAUGUCGCAGUCCUGAUGUGUUGAAACCCUAUGCAAAUAUAUGAUGUUAGCAUUGAUGUGCCAUUCCAGAAUAUUGCAAUCUCAUUUAAUGGUAUUGGGUUAAUGGUGAACUGUGUAGUGAGCCAAACUGUGGCAGAAUUUGUGUUUUAACUGUUAUGAUAGAUUUAAAUGUACAAUAAAGUAAAUACAGUUAUGUGUUACGGUUCAAAUUUAAACUUUGUUUGAAUUUUUCAAAUCAGGUGUGAGUGUCUUGUUCUUUUGUUUCAUGCUACAAUUUUAUAAAUAUAGCAGAGUAAAAAAAAAAAACUGGUCUGAAAAAUUUCAUCACAAGGAAAUAUAUGAACCUUAACUGACAGCAUAAGUACAUUUAAGUGAUAUAUUGUUAUUAGCAGUGAUUUUUUCCAUUUGGUUAUCUGCAGCUAAGAAUGUUGUACUGGGUGGUGUGAAGUCAGUUACUCUUCAUGAUUCAGGGAAUGUGGAAAUGUCAGACUUGUCUUCUCAGGUAAAAAAACCCUCUUAUCUUACCUCUAACAUUUACUGAUUAAUCAUCCUUGCGGUACAUGGUGGCUAAGGGCUUAAUGUGCUAGACUGCUCAUCCAGAGGCCUGGGUUCAAGACUUAACAAGUCAUUGUGCUUUUUUUUUCUUGGGCAAAACACUUUAUUCUCACAGUGCCUCUCCUCCACUCAGGAGUAUAAUUGGGUACCAGCAAAAAUUGCAGGGAAGUAAGGGGGGUUAAUCUUGCAAUGGACUGGCAUCCCCAUCCAGAAGGGAGUAUUAAUAUUCCAAGUUGCUUCAUGCUAUGGAAACUGGAAAAAGCUCUGGCUAGAUUGGCUACUUGACUCAAGUGCUAACUUAGCCUUAACCAUAAGACAAUACAAUACCAGGUGAAAAACUGAGAAAAAACUGAUAGGAAACGGUGAACAGAAUUUGUGGAAAAAUUUUAAAGCUAAAACCUUGUUCUUUUUGUAAAAUCCAAUAAAAUUACUUGACAGCAUGACAGCUGUCAAUUUUAACACACUCUGAAGACAAAGAUUUAAAAGUAUUAUUAAAUUGAUUGGUAUGUGUUUUUCCUAUGGUGCAAUGAAGUUCUUUCUUCAAGCUGAGGACAUUGGGAAGAAUAGAGCGGAAGUGUCUUUGAGCAGAAUUUCAGAACUCAAUAGCUACGUGAACAUGUCUGUUUUUACUGAGCAACUGACAGAAGAAUUCUUAGGAAAAUUUCAGGUUUGUUUAUCAUAAAAAGUGAGGCCAAUAUAUAGUCCUAUACAUUUAUUGAGGAUUUGGUUUCGGUACAAUUGCAUGCAUUUAGAUACAUAAGAGUAGAUAUUGUUGUAUGCCAAUGCAAUUAGGUCUUUGCCAAGAUUUUGCAUGAUUUGUUGCAUUUGUGCGAAUAUGAGUGUCAUAUUGUGUGUUGGUUUUGUUUCUAGGAAAUAAUUUAUUCUUAUUAAUUAUGUGUGACAAUUCUACAAUGAUCAUUUCAUUAUGUAAGACAACACAUGUUCAUUGUCACUUAAGUUGGUUCACUGUGCCCUUUUGUUAUGAGCACUUUGCUGAAUUUUCAUACAUCUGCAUGAACUCACCACUAAUCUCUCAAAUGGUGCUUUUUAUUACUUUUUAUAAUGUUGAACUCCUGAUUUUGCAAUCUUUAAACAAGCCCAGAUCUUAAAUUUGGCCACAGUUAUGUUUUCUUAGCUUUUGAAGACUCUGUUUUAAACUGCAGUAAUUAAAACUCUGACCAGUUGAUGUUUUUGUCCAGGUCAUAGUGCUGACACAAUCUCCUCUUGAAGAACAACUUUGGGUUGGAGACUUUUGUCAUGCAAGAGGAAUUAAGUUUAUAAUUGCUGACACAAGAGGAUUGUUUGGGUUAGUAUCUUGUUAUUAACAAAAUAGUAACAAUGAAAACUAACCCAGAGUAAAUAACAUGUUUAAAGGCAUUACACUUGGUACUUUGCUCUGAGAACUUAUUUUUGCCUCAGAAAGAAAAUGGGUGCCAGGACACUAUCAGGGAAACCUGAUAAAUUUUUGUGGGAUUAUUUGGAAUAGACCAUGCAGUAUCCCAUUUACCCAAAAAAAAUGUUUUUACAUGACUGAAUUUAAUUUCAGAAAGUAUGCAUUGAACAUAGAGCACUGGAGGUUGUAAAACAGAAUUAAUGCCCAUGUUACAAAUGGAGGCUACAUGUAGGUGCUUGAGGAGCCUGGGGACUGCAAGUGUAGUUACAUUCCAAGGUUCAAGAACACUCAACUGGCCUACCCAACCCACAAUCCAGCCCCCUAUGAGCACCCAUCACACUAAAGUCAGAUGGCUUUGUGGAGGAAAACAUAAAUAAAUCAAUAAAUGAAUCAAUAUAUAAAACCAAAAAAAAAUUGAAAUAAACCCUGCUCAGGAAACCCUGCAGUUAGAGUUGGAAGGAAAUGCUGGGAACCACUAUCUGCAAGGACAACAAUGCCAUGCUAUAGAACAGCGAACACAAUGCAUGCUUUGAUAUGGUAUACCACUAGAUGAGAACUGCCCUGAGACCCCAAUAACCACAGUACUGCUGCAAAAAUGCUAUGAAAUGCAACCAACGCUGCACAAAUGCUAACAGCUGGCCAAGACACAAAUCAAACGCCUAAAAACUCUACUGACCAUAUUUGCUCCUAGUCUUAAAUUAUGUGGAAUAUAAUUUAACUAUUUUUAAAAUGCAUUUUGUUUUGGUUAUGGUGAAGUGCCAAUUUCUUUCCCAUUUUUAUUUCAGUCAAAUCUUUUGUGACUUUGGUGAGAGUUUCACAGUAGUGGAUACAAAUGGGGAGCAGCCAAUUAGUAAUAUGAUUUCUUCAGUUUCAAAGGUAACACAAAUCCUGCAUAAAGAAUUUAUUAAGAAAUGAGCUGCAAGGACAUUGAUUUGUUGAGUUGGCUUUCAAGGAGUGUAUUGCAUGAUGAAGUUACUCCCUACUACAUGUAGGUCUCCCACUUUUAAUGACUGUUGGAAAAGUAAACUGAGCAAUGUUGAACUGAUAAACAAAUGAUAAAAAUCUUAGAUGUGAGUAGUCAAUUUACUGACCAUCGAUGAAGUAACUUAGUUGGGUAGGAAUAAUACUGUAAAUGGUUUGAACUUGGGGGUAACUUGCAGUGAGAUUUUGUAGUGUGAUUGUGGCAGGGAGAGUCAAUUGUCUUGAGAAGGACCGUUGUUGCUAGUGAUGUAUGUAUAUUUGACUGACAAUAAAUUUCCACUUAACUCUGAUGGUCGCCUCUGCUGAGGUUGUUGAAAUAUCACUCAUGGCCAGCAACAAUAGACCUCAGGAUUACCAUCUCAUGGGGGAUCAGAAUGCAUGAGCUAAAUUAUGUAAAUGCAUUAAAAAAAUCCCUUAUUAAUAAAUAUAUGUAAUUUUUUAGGACACUGAUGGUGUUGUGACUUGUUUGGAUGAACAAAGACAUGGAUAUGAAUCCGAUGACUAUGUCACAUUCUCUGAAGUACAGGUAAUGGAUAACAAGGUCAUAGAAUCGUUAAUUUACAAGAGAUUUUUGACAAGUUAGGCUUAUUACUUAUAGUUUUAAGGGAGAAGCAAUAGCCUAACCACAAGCAUGCAAGACAAGGGUCAAGUUGUCAGGGUUCUGGUACACAUUGUACAGUACCUACCCUUGAACAAACAUCUUUAAGAUACACUGCAUAUCUAGGACUUGCAGAGAGUGUACAUUUUAUAAUGGUCAUGUGCUGCUUUUUUUUCCAAGGGGAUGACUGAAUUGAAUCAAUGUGAACCAAGAAAAAUUAAAGUUUUAGGUAAGAAAUUCUUUCUUCUUUGAUUGAAAGCUUAGUGCAACUCUUAGUAAAACAAUCCCCAAGAAGGUGAUGGUAUAAUUGGAACUUGAUCAAAUAAUCCCCAGAGCCCAGUUGUAUAAAGGGCAGAUAACCAAGGCUAUCCAAUGAAUAAAUUACUAUUUAGCAGAUAAGUGAUUGCAAAACGUACUGCAUUAUCCACCAGAUAGAGAUUUAUCCAGUGGAUAGCCUUAUCCAAGCAUUCCACAACAGGGGCCAGAGUGGUAAACUUCUGCCAAACAGUAGAUUGUUAUUUCAUUAUACUAAUCUGAGUGCAUCUCUGAAUUAGUAUCAGUCCUCUGUGCACUCAUGUGUACAAAUGGAGUUAUUAACCAAUGAGUCCUGUUCUAUUUUUAUAUUUCUUGUGGUUGUAAGUCACAAGAAAAUUCAUUUGAUGUCUCAUUUUAUUACCCUUCAGGUCCUUACACGUUUAGUAUUGGUGAUACUAGUGGCUUAUCAGAUUAUGUUCGUGGUGGCAUUGUCACCCAAGUGAAAAUGCCAAAAGUAGUCAAAUUUGUGAGUAUCUUAAUGACAUUGUUAACAGUCCUUGUUAACUGCAAAGUGUUGUGUAAUUAUUGGUAUGCAAUACAUGUAAUGUCAUUAUCUGUCUUUUCAUCUCUUUCUAUUGUGUUUCUAUUGGUUCUUUGGAGACCUAGAAAAUUUAAGCUGUUUUGAUCUUUUAAAUAAUCUGAAAUGAUUUUUAAAAGCAGUGAACAAAUCAAGUUCAAGGGAUGCCUCAUUAACUCAGUGUUAAAUAAAACUCUUCUUUUUUUAAAAAAAAGAAAUCAUUUAGACAGUCUCUAAUGGAGCCGGAGUUUGUAUUGACAGACUUUGCAAAAAUGGAACGACCUGCUCAGCUUCACCUUGGAUAUGUUGUGAGUUUGUUAUUGAUUGUAGCUUUUUUUUAACAUUUCCUUAUUUUGUGAGAUGUAGUACUUUACAUUUACUUUACCCUUUCCACUUAAACAUCAGUUUGUAUAUUCUCCACACUGUUCUCUAUAAAUUUCCUUUGGUAUUUACAUUGAGAUUUUUUCAAACAGUCAAGAGCUUUUUUGAUUAGCAAUGAUUUAUUCUUGUGACCUCAAGGCUUGACUCAGAGGUAAAUGUGCAUGUAAUACUGUUAGGAGAAAUUAGAUGGCAGUCACUCCUAGGGAAUAAAGGGUUAAUUUAAUGGUGGUAUCUCAGCAUAGAAUGUAGUGAAGAACAGCCUGAUAUGUGAGUGAAAAAUAGCACUGACCAUCAAAGAAUUCUGCCUUAGUAGCUGUAAAAUUUAACCCUUUAACUCCCAGACUAAAUUGUAAUUCUCCUUACUGUGAACCAUACAAUUCUUAUGAUGUUAGUUCAAAGAAUUUAUUAUUGGAUCAACUAUUUAUUCCCAAAUUGAUAGUUUUCUUUAUUCUCAUCACUUGUCUGGUUGAUAUUGUAUGGAGAAAUUCUGUCUUGAUCACUCAUGGGAGCUAAAGGGUCAAAUGGCUUUCUGAUGCCAGAUGAACACCCAGUCUUAGCUAAGUAGAAUCCUUGUCAGUGAAAGAGAAUUGAAACCAAGGUUGUGUAGUAGUAGGUUAUAACACUCAGUAUUAAUUUGUAAGAAGUGAUUAUGCAGCUAACUAGAAUUUUUUAACUUUGAUCCUACUUCCAAGGCCCUACACAAAUAUCGAAACGAAUAUGGCACUCUUCCAAGACCAAGAAGCAAGGUAUAUAUUUUUUAAACUAUAUUAGCAGUAAGUAUAUAAUUUUUCUAAUUUGUAUAGAACAUUUGCAUUUUCCUAUUAAUGUCUCUCUAUCUUUUAAAACUUAUUUUUGUUAUUGGAAGGCUGUAAAACCCAAAACAUGAAUUCCAUCCUUUCUUUAAUGAAGGAAGAUGCAGAAAAGUUUGUUGCGCUGGCCAAGAAGCUUAACUCAGAGAAGAUAUGUUCACAGGUGAGGAAUACUGCUUCUGCCCUGAGUAGAUUUACCCAUUUGUUGGUUAGAUUAAUCAAGUAUUUAGUCAUAUAUCAAUAACUGUACUAUGAAGCUGUUAAUACUUUUAUUUUAAAACAGAGUUGCACAAAAUUAUCGUGUGAAAAUAAUUUCUAUUAAUUACCUAGGGGAUUGAUUUAUUUCAUCAUACUGCAAGCGGAAAAAAGGAAAUUGGAAAUUUCAUUUUGGGUUGCUGGCUAAGAUUCCAAUGAUUGGUCUUAAUAGAAAGCAGUGUUAGCUAAAUUGUAUUUGUAUUACUAAAUAAUAUCAGUUGUGAAAUCAUUCAGUGAUUAAACCUCACUAAUUUUAUAUUAGAUAUGCAUGAAGUUUAAUUAUUAUGUCAAUCAAUUAAUUCAUUGUUUUUUUUCUCCUUGCAUUGCGUUCUUUUGUAUCAUUCAGGUGGAUGAUGUUGAUGAGGGUUUAUUGACACAGUUGGCGUACAAUGCCAGAGGUGACAUCUGUCCUAUGCAGGGAGUUAUUGGAGGAAUUACUGCACAAGAAGUGAUGAAGGUAUAAAAAUACACUGGCAUGUCUGUCUUGUAGUCUAAAAUUAAUUUUUUUCCUUGAAUUUUUUUUAACUAUGGAAUAGUGUGCAGAGAAGUUUUUCUUUCAUUUCCAUUUUUUUUCUUGGUGAUGAUCAUAUGAACACUUAUUGAUGAGUUUGAAAUGCAGGAAAAUAUAAUAUGAACCACUGAUUGUCAGUGAAGUUGCUUUAGCAGAAUGCCAUGCUCAUGAUCAGACCAACAUGUCAUACAAGGGCGAUGGACUUUUCAAAAAGAAACAACCCUUUUUGUUCUGUGCAGUUUUAUUGUCAUUGAUUAAUAAGUCAUAGAAAUUGAGUAAAACUCGUCAACUUCUUGAGGUGACUCUCUGAACUCUGACCCUUUUUAGGCUUGCAGUGGAAAAUUCAACCCAAUCUUUCAGCUACUCUACUUUGACAGUCUGGAGUGCUUGCCAGAGGAAGGAGACAUUUCUGAAGCUUCAUGCCAACCAGUAUGUUGAUCAAUAUACAUUAUAGUCAGAAUUUAUGGACUGGGGUCCAGGGUUCAGGGGUGUAAUACCUUUACAUGAGAGUAUUGUAUAUAAUUAUUGCUUUGGUAAAUGUUAUUUUUCUGUUAGACUGGAUCAAGAUACGAUGGUCAGAUUGCUGUUUUUGGAAGUGACUUCCAAAAGAAGUUGUCAGAUCAGAAGUUCUUCAUUGUAAGUGUUGAGUCAUUAUUAUGCUGAAAUAAAUAUUUAUGAUUCAUUAAGUACAAUAAAUCCAGAAUUUGUAUGGGUCCUGGAAAACCUGGAAAGUCCUGGAAUUUUAUCUGGACAUUUUCCAAGACUAGAAAAAGACUACAGGUCCUGGAAUGGUUUAAAGUGAAAUUUGAAGUCCUGGAAAAAUCAAUUUAAGUCCUCGGAAAGUCGUCAAAAUUUAAUACUGAAAAUGAGUACAUACCUGGUAAAUGAUUUAUCUUUGUGUAAUUUAAUUCAUUGGGUAAUUAUCUUUAAAAGUAAGAGUGGGUUGUUACAGAAAAGUGUUGAUAAAACUUAACUGUCAUCUCUCUAAAUGUAAAUUUAGCAGCAAUCAAAAUGCAUCUUUGUCUUUUUUAAAUCUUUUCUUGCAUUUCUUUCUCCUUGUAGGUUGGAGCUGGUGCUAUAGGAUGUGAACAUCUUAAAAACUUUGCUAUGAUAGGAUUGUCUUGCAGUGCUUCAGGACACUUGUUUGUCACAGAUAUGGACACCAUUGAGAAAUCAAACCUGAAUAGGCAGUUCCUGUUCAGACCGGCUGACGUCCAGGUAUGCUUUAACACUCGGUUACAUUAACUUGUUACCUUUUGGGCAGUUUGUGUCUAGUGCAUCAGUAUUGAGCGCUAUAUCUGAUUAGAUAUGAAGGCCUGACAGGAAUCAUUAUGUGAUGCAUGUAUCUCUUAGAGUGCUUUUCCUUGCCCAGGAACAUGGAAAAUUGUCAACAAACUGUCGGCAUGGAAAACAUGAUUUGCUGGAAGUUUUUGUCACAACUGUUUCUCAAACAGUGUCCAAUGUCCGCAUUUUUUUUUAUGUUACUUUUUUAUAAAAAAAGUAUUGUUUUAAUUGAAGAUUGAAUUUUGUCAUUUUUUUGAAAAUUGUUUCUGGCCAGAAAAUGAAAUCAGAAGUUGCAGCCAAAGCAGUGAAGGUGAUGAACCCUGAACUUAACAUUACAGCACACCAGAACAGAGUUGGACCCGAAACAGAAAGUAUCCUUUACGCUGCUGAGUAAAUUCUUCAUUUUGUAGGAUUUGUGUCAGUCCCUACAGUUUUCAACAGAAAAUGUUAUACAAACCUUGUUAGCUACCUUCAACUGCUUGGCUGCGUAUCAGUCAAGAAUUCAAAAUUGGCACAAUCUCCCGGUAUCAAUGAAGAUAACUAAGAGUACUGAUAUGCAUUUCCAAUUACCCUUGCACAAUCUAGGAAUGCAAGUAAGUAGAGAAACGAGUUAGUGAAGAGAGUGUAGCCAACAGAUGAGAACCAAAUUUUUCAGCUGAAAACUGGUUACAAUUUGCUUUUCAGAGUUUCCUAUGAUGAUUGCACGGUGAGCCUGUAGAAUUUCGAUGAUUUCGUUUAUGAAAACAUUAUCUCCUUAACUGUACAAGAAAUAUACCAUGACGAUUUCUUUGAGGCACUUCAUGGUGUUGCAAAUGCCUUGGACAACAUUGAUGCUAGUAAGUGUCAUGUCUCUUACGUUUAAUUCUACAUAACUCGUGUGAAUUUUGACAACUUAGAGGUAAGCGCAGCUUUCUUUAACGCCUGCCUCAUUCAUCUUCCACUUCGUUCUCUUACACCGGUAAUGGCGUUUAAUGCGAGUCCACGGUUUAAUAAAGAAAAUAUGGAAUUGCUUUUCUUAGCACUUUUAGCUAUUAAAAAAAAGUAUAAACGGUACGGUUGAUGAAAAUUUAUUCUCUGUUCAGGAAUGUACAUGGAUAGGAGAUGUGUUUACUACCACAAACCACUCUUGGAAUCAGGAACUCUCGGGACAAAGGGAAAUGUUCAGGUACUGUAUCAGAUCCGGAGGGAGUUCAUGGUCUCGUUUGUAUUGUUUUUACCCUUACAAGAAAAUCCUUCAACCUGUCCUUGUUUUUAGGUUGUGCUGCCAUUUGUGACAGAAUCUUACAGCUCCUCUCAAGAUCCCCCAGAGAAAUCCAUUCCUAUCUGUACGCUGAAAAAUUUUCCAAAUGCUAUUGAACACACUUUACAGGUAAAUUGGGAAUCUUUUGAAAGAUUCAAAUGUUCUAAAACUUAUUUUACUGGUAUAUCAAAUUGACACUAAUUCAACUGGUAUAGCAACACUGAUCUCCUUCAGCAGUGUCUCAGCAACUCUUUCUUUAAAUUUACUGUAAAUAACAGUAACACGAUUGAUGUUUGAGAUAGCAGUUUUUUUUAUAAGGUCUAUUCGAUGAGUUAUCGUUUUCACUCUAAGUUGGACCAGAAAUGAAUUUUUCCCUUCAAAAUGUCAAAAUGGUUUCAAGCAAAAAGUAGACGAGAAGAAAGAAAAAUACCAUCGAGGGGGUAACGGUUAGUUUGACUCUAAAUAUCUGAGCCAGAAUUAAAAGAGAUGAAGGGCAGAUAGUAGGAGCCGGUUAUUUAUGCGAGGUCUAACCCAAACCGCGGUUUUACGCAAGCAGUGGGCUUCAGGCUUUCACUAUAGUAGGGUUGAUUUAAUUAGAUGUUCUUCCACUGUUUCGGCCCUCUUGGCACUGUUCACAGAAAUGAGUGUUCAUAUUGUUCUAAAUUGAAGAUGGCUUAGAACGCGGUUUUGUUAAACAGCGGCCAAACUUUGUUAAUUAACCGGCCUUGGGAGUUUGAGGGUUGAAUGAAGUAUUUCCACAUUUCAUUGAAUCCCUUUUAAAAGAUGCAAUUUUUUUGCCUAAGGCUAUUUGACAUCUUUACAGUUCUGAUAUAAAUUUCCCGUGAUUCAUGCCGUACGAUGCAUUUCGUUUAGUCUAAGUUCAUUUCACUUCUUUCUUGCAGUGGGCAAGAGAUGCGUUUGAAGGACUAUUCACGAUUCCAGUGGAGAAUGUCAACCAGUUUUUGAGGUGAGAGGCAAACUCAACCAAAGUCUUGAACAGGAAAAUUUCAUGGUCGCAAUCCUGUAACAUGACAACAGUAGUGUCGACUGUGUAUUGUGAUCGUUCGUGAGAAGGAAGUCCCUCAAACAAUUUGGUUAUUGUGGCUAACGAUCUGUUGAUAAAUUCCGCUCGGGUUUUCGAAACGUUAUUUAUUGUCACCUUCAACAGUCUCUUUUAGGACUAUCCUCUCCCCUCCCUCGCUAACACCUGCCCCACCCUCGACUACUCUCGAUCAAUCUGCUCGCUUUGCUGUUGUUCAGGCCUUUCUUCAAUCAAGUUACUCUUCAACAUAACCACUUUCACAAUCAUCGACAUCUACGAUCUACGACAGAUACAACUAUUCUCUUUGUAUGGUGAAAACAUUAUCCCUUUUCAACUAUACGAAUGUGUGAUCUUUUUAAAUCACAAGAACUAGAUAGAGAGAAGUAGAAGAGAGAGUUUAUAAUCUCACGUGCAAUUCAUGUCAUGGCCAGGAAGGGAGGAGACAGGGUUUAUAUUUGUGUGCUAGUUACGUAAGAAUUAUUAUAAUCACCAUUCUACUGCCUGGCACUUACUGUUUUAUAUCUUCAAUGUGUAGUGACCCCAAAUUUGGUGAGAGAACAGACAAACUUCCUGGGAUGCAGGCGGUGAGUUAUUAAAGAACACUGUCCUUCACUGAGAUAAAGAAAAAAAAGGAAUAAAAAGUAUAGGACCUUGAUUUAUUGAGCGAGAAAGAUGGUAAACGCGCUGACUUUUCAUGGUACACGGCUGGUAUGCCUCUGCGCAUCCCAAUGUCCUAACAGUCAGCGUGCUAUCGAGGCUUGGCUGGGUUAAUGAGUUGUGUUCCUUGGCAAAACAUUUCAUGUUUGCAGUACCCUUUUCCACUCAGGAGUGUAAGCUGUCGGGGAAAUCUGAAUUUCUGGUGGUGGGGGGAGGGGUGGUAUCCUAUCUGGGAGGAGUAGUAAUACUCCUUGUCCAAACGGGAUGAAUCACGUGUUUCAAGUAUUGACUUCACCUUACCUGCUAAUCCUCCUGAACGGAGAGUUGGUGUGUGGCCGAUAAUCCCAUUUCUUAGUUUUCAGUUAUUCAUUUGCCCUUUGUUUCCUAUUUAUUUCUUAGACUGAAAUCUAUGACAGCAUCAAGAAAUGUUUAGUAAGCGAGAGGCCAGUUGACUUUGCAGACUGCGUGAGAUGGGCCAGGUUACAAUUCCAGGAAAAUUAUGUCAACACGAUCAAACAACUCCUGUACAAUUUCCCUCCCGACCAGGUAAGUGCAGUUUCUACCUUUUUUAUUUCUCGCUCUUAGCAUAGGACUGAGUAUUUGUGUAACUGGAAGCUUGGGAAAAGUCAAACAUUACAACUGAAAUAAUUAAUUCUAUUAAGCUCGAAUUUUCCAAUGACAUAAUCCAGGGAUGUAACGGAUGUUUGAUAAAACCCAUCUAAUCUGGUAACAAAAACUCAAUAAACCUUCCUCUUAUAAUCUAACAUUAUCGCUGUGGCCAAGUCUUUUUCCUGCCACCAUGAAAAUUAAAGUGCAUUCCCGAAAAAAACCCUGAAAGGAUGGUUUGUCAGGGUAGACAAACUGUUGCACAGCAACGAUUUCAGUCAUUUGAGUUUCCAAACCAUUCUGAUGUGCCUGUUCUUAUUUCAUAACAGUUAACAAGUUCAGGACAGCCAUUUUGGUCCGGUCCGAAGCGAUGUCCUCAUCCGCUGGAAUUUGAUCCGCGUGAUGUGAGUUCAGGGAAAUUUUUUUUAAAGAUAUUGUCGUUAAGGGUGUCAAUGAGUCAGUAAUUUUAUAGAGGAAAGGUUUUUUUGGAGUGCGAUGGAUAAAGAUCCAGUAAAUUUCGUGAGUAAGGCGAUUAAAUGAUAUAAAAUACUCGAACAAAAGAAAAAAUGAAUUAUCCCUGCAAGGAUAAUGGAGAGUAACUAAGAGAGAGAGAGCGAGGAAUGAAGAGCAGACUGGUUUCCAUAUCCGCUUUGUCUCACCACUUCCUUUUCUCUACAGUUAGAGAGCUUCGAAAAGACUUUGAAUGAGCUGAUUCGUAAGCCGGAAAACUGUGUGCUCUUGAUGAUUGUUUACACGUACCAUUGUUUUUAACGUUUAGAAAACACACAUGGACUACGUUGUGGCUGCGGCGAACUUGAGAGCAUUCAUGUUUGGAAUCAAAGGUAAACUCGUUAGUUUACGAAAACCUGUGAAGCUCGCGAAAAUUCGUUUCUGGGGGUCGCAAUAUCGCUGCAAAUUGUCACCCUAUUGUCUUCUUUCUUUUGUCUUCUGUGUGUGUCUUUUUAUUUGUUUCUUUUUAAGUUAUAGUUCUUUUGCUUCUUGUUGUUCACAUUUGUAAUUUUGUUGUCAUUGCCGUUGUUUGGCUAGAGGUUAAGUGGCAUUUUUUUUUUCUCUUCUCCAAGGUGGUCUAGUUACUGUAUGUCAAAACUGUGAAUUUAUGCGUUUGAAAGUAACACGUUUCGUUUGUUUUUUAAGGUUCACGAGACCAAAAACUCAUACUUGAUUCUCUUAAGACGGUCAAAGUGCCAACGUUUGAACCGAAAUCAGGUUAGUUAUCCGGGUGGGUUGGUUGGUUUUAAACUUUUGGGUCAGUUCAUUUUUCCUUCCUGAUUUGUUGUGAUCCUCUCGUAUUCUUUCUGAAAGGUGUGAAAAUUUCGGUAACUGACGAGGAAGCAGCUCAGGAGAACUCUGGGUCUGUUGGUGAGUUUUUUUUGUUUUAUUUUCAAGUUUUGAGUCCCUGCUAUUGGGACCAUAUACUUUCUUUCUGCGAAAACUUUUACUUCAAGUGACGAAUUUUCGAUAUUGGUCGUGAUCGGGAUGGGGUAACCACGCCUGGUUAGUUCAUGUUGUAGAGCGCCGGACUGCUGUGUGGAAAGUUGAGGGUCGAGUUCUCCACUAGAUCAACACUCAUGGUCUUAAAAUAAUUGAGGAGAAUAUUCUGCCUUUGCUAUGACGUUCGCAAAUGGUUAGAUAUUCUAUUCUUCUCGGAUAAGGACGGUAAACUGUAGGCCCCAUCUCCAGAAUUUUCACCGUUUUGGUUAACAGGGGACGUUAAAGAACCGAAGCGCUUCUCGCAAAGAGUGGGGGGCGUAGCUCUCGGUGUUGUGGUGUAGUCUUGAUAUUGUUUAUUCAGGUCCCCAUUUAAACCAGCUUGAAAGCUGAACUGGGCCCAACUAUCGCAAAUAAUUUAAUAAGUAAAUAGUAGAAUUAAAGGAGGCUGAAAGAUUCAUCCGCUCAUAUAUCACUUCUUCACAGAUCAAGACAUCCUUGAAACGACAAAAGCUGCAGUUCUUGCCGUUAAGGAGAAGAUGCCAAGUUUUAAGAUGAAUCCUGUUGACUUUGAAAAGGUUUGUUAUUUGUUAUUGAAAUUAUUGAAAGCGGCUUUCGUCGACUUGAGAUUCAGAACUUGUCAACUCCACGAGUGCCGUUAUUCUCCCAAAUAAGAGUUGCUGUAAGCUUCUUAGGCUUCUUUCUUCUGCUGUUGACGAGGAAGCUGUUUGAAGCGAAUUGGUGUUUGGAAUCGUCACCUGAUGCAAUUUUAAAUUGACUUUUGCAGGAUGAUGACACGAACUUCCAUAUGGAUUUCAUUGUGGCAGCCUCCAACUUGAGAGCAGCUAACUACGAAAUCCCACCAGCUGACAGACACAAGGUACACACAGACGGUGACGAUGAUUAAAGGGUGGUGCUAAUCAUGUUUCACAGAAAGUAACUUUAUCACAACAGACUUGUUUGGAGUUAGAAGUUCUUUUCUUUAGCGCUAACCAUUUGACACGUGUCCGAGACGUGAUACCGCUUGUACAGAACUUUACCUCUUAUAAUGAUAUCUUUAGUAAAGAUUUCUUCCGCUAAUAUGUGAUUUGAUAAACGGAAAUUAUUGUUCACCGUGAUAACAAUAAAAAAUCGUGGCUCAGGGCGUAUCAAAAUCUCGUCCCGUCAGAAACUCCAUUUCAUAGGGAAAGUUCAAUUGUCGUACCUUCUGUUCCCUCUUUACAGAGUAAGUUGAUUGCCGGUAAGAUCAUCCCAGCUAUUGCUACCACAACUGCCUUGGUCAGCGCUCUGGUCUCACUGGAGCUGUUCAAGGUAAGUAAGAGAUCUCGUCUGUCCUGAGCUCUAACCUGGUGCAAGAUAAGAAUUGAAAGACUUUAUUGAUUUCUUUUGUUGGAAUUUUAGAUCGUUCAGGGAAAUAAGAAACUGGAGACCUUCAAAAACGGAUUCAUCAAUCUUGCUUUGCCAUUCUUUGGCUUUUCGGAACCAAUCACUGCACCGAAAAACAAGGUAAGACUUCUAUACUUUUUCCGGCCAAUGCACGCCAGCAUCAAAUUGAGCGGGCUCAACGUUAAAAAAAAAUUAACCAGGAAAGUUUAACGCAAGACCCUUCUGAAAUAACAAACAAACAAACGAGCAAAAACGUAACAGAAAGCAAACCUUACCGCCUGCCAACAGAGGUCAAAGUUCUCAAGUGAACUGAUUCAUGGAGUUCUUAUUUAACUUUCUUGCUAUUGGCCGUGGUGAUUACUUUGGUACGAUGCUUUUUCUAAAAGCGUUCUAAGCCUUGCACUCUAUCUUUACAGUAUUACGAAAACGAGUUUACACUCUGGGAUCGAUUUGAGGUUAACGGACGCAAGGAAGACGGAAGUGAGAUGACCCUGCAGGAACUUUUUGACCUCUUCCAGGUAUAUUUUUUUGAAAGACCCAUCUGUACAAAAACAUCGUUUUGAUUGUCUGGUUUUUUUCAGUGGACGAUUUUCGACCUUCAAAAUUCGCAAUGUAUUUUGGGUAUCAAAGAGCUGUGUAUGGCUCAUUAUGAACUACUGAGCUAAAGUUAAGAGUGAACUUUACUUCCAAGCAAAAACAUUUUCCGCGCAGAUUCAUGUGACCAUAAGUGGAAAGUAGUUAUGUUAGUUCUACCUUUAUAUUCCCUCGGCUCUGAAACUCUUACAACGUGCUCUGAUCAGUAAGUGUUCCGCGUUUUUAUUUACCGAUCGGAGACACAUUUGUCCUAUUGCUUGCGUAGUAGGCGCGCAGAUCAGAAAAGUGGGCACUUCUGUUCGAAACGGCGCACGCACAAAAGUAGUCUCCGGUUCUCAUCGUUUUAUUGGGAAGCGUUAUUAAGGAAGUAUUACGUGACAUGCCAUAGAACGGCUGUGAAGGAGAAUAGCACUAGUAAAGUGUAAUGUACGUUUCAUCGCCUUCGUGACUGCCUCUACAAUUUGCUAGCUGUCAAAUUGCCUUCCCACAGGCUAGUUCUGCCACGCCAAAUCAGAUACCAGUGGCAACUUAGUCACAUGAGUUUACCCUCCCUUGAUGUUGAUAAAAUUGAUUUUCUCUCAGUUCAUUAUGACACAACUAGUACUUUCCUUUGCAAUAUAACUCUAGUUUUAAUUUUAAGACCCUCGAAUAAAAAGGGUUCAUUCGUGAAUAAAGGGGGUAAGUUUCUAAAGAAACUGUGGUGCUGCGCCGGUGGGAGAGUAUAACAGGGUAACGUGGUAUGAUCAACUGAAUUGAUUACGUGAAUUGGUCACCGUAAAGAGUUUAAAGGCUAACAUUUCGAGCGUUAACCCAUCGCCAGAGCGAUUGACGUUAUCAACUCAUUUGAUGACGCUAAAUUACCCUGUCAUUCUGAAAUAGUUUGUCGAUGGGGCAGCUUUUAUUCAUAGGAAUACCGACUGUCCACCUAGAUGGUCCGUUGAUGAGUGUUAUCUUUACAUUGUUGAUCGACGAACAGUUGUUUUUCUACUUUUCACUCUUAACAGAACGAGCAUCAACUCGAAGUAACGAUGCUUUCACAAGGCGUUUGUAUGCUUUACUCGUUCUUCAUGCCUCCUGCCAAAUUGAAGGAAAGACUACAAACUAAGUAUGUCACCUUUGGUUUUCUUUUGUUGUUUUCUAAUGUGGAAAUAAGUUACAAUAUCAUUUAAGACGUGCGCCAACAUUCGGUUCUCACCAGUACGCAGUAUUUUUUUCAUGUAAUCACCUGAGCCUAUUUCACGAUUCCGUUUUUAUUUCCAUUUUUUAUUAAUUCAUUUUGAACUGAAAGAUUUUUUAAUUCAGUUUUGUAAGUAUUGAAACAAUAUAAGUUUAGCUCCUCCAUUUUCAAAAGUAAAAUGGGCAAACGAACAAAGUUAAACUUUUUUGCAGUGCAGGGAAUGGUUUUUCUCGAGUUUUUCCCUCAGUGAUUUUAAGAACAGAGUUUCAAUGAUCCAAGGAGUUCUUCGAACCUUUCGGAGCUUGUUAAUUUUGAGUUUGUCACUGGCUUUUACAUGCCCAACAAUAUAUGCGCUUUACUGUUUAGUUUGAUAAACUUUUUAAAUUGAAAAGUUUCUGAAGCGGUUGUUAAGGAAUUAAACCCUGGCUCUCGAGCUGUGCUGUAACGAUAAAGAUGGAGAAGAUGUCGAGGUCCCGUAUGUGCGCUAUCGCUUCC